UUACUAAUUACAAAUUAUAUUCGAUUAAAAACAGUAAAAUAAUUGUUAUCUAAAUAAGUAAAUAAUAACAUAUACUCAAUGUAAUUACAUUUUUCAUAAACUGAAAUGCAAUCUAAAAACGUGUAAUGAUGUGAAAGAGAAAGAUUAAUAACGAAACAUUACCGAUACCAUAAGUACUUUAAAUAAACAUUAAAACUUAUUCCACUUGCAAAUUCGUGAAUUAACACGAUGGAUGGCCCAUCAACUAAAAAAUCUACCUCAUUUGAGAGUCUUAUUAUUCAGAACAAAAACAAUCUCGACGAUCUAACAGCAAAAUUAAAAGACAUAAUUGCAGCUGGUAAAAACUAUGAAUAUGACGUCUCAUCUUGUAUUAAGUCUCUAUUGAUAAGUAAAGAUGAAUCUAUUGUAUUAUUAUCAAUUCAGGCUGUUUCUGAGCUCGCAAAAUGUGAACACAAACGUGAAACUUACGCACAAACAGAAAUUAUUAAACCUAUACUAAAUAUUUUAUCUAAAGAACUUUGUAUGGAUAAGUUUGAUCUUGUAAAACAAAGUCUUAGAGCACUAGGAAAUCUCUGCUGUGAUUGUGAUACUUCAAGGAACAUUGUACUUGAAAAUGAUGGUGUACUAAUAUUGAAUACUUUGCUUGGAACUACUAUUGUAAACAUUGCAUUUGAUGAAUUAAAAAUACUCAUAUGUAAGGCGUUAAUGAAUUUUGCAAUUGGAGGAAAACAAUUUUCUAAUUCUCUAGAACAGUUUACUAUAGAGCAUGUCAAAAAGAUAUUAUUAUCAGAAUUGAGUAAAGAAGAUAUGAAUGAUGAUUUGAUUUCAACUGUAUUGUUGAUACUUAGUGUUAUAAAUGAUAAUGCGCCUGAAUUCUUAUUUGCUGAUGAAGUGAAUUUGACAGUUUUGAAUGUUCUAAAAGAAACAACUAAUGUGGAUAUAUCAGAGCUGGCACUUGAACACUUGCAUUCACAAGUUCGUGAACAUGAUUCAGUAAAAACUCUCCUGGCUAGAGAAGGAGGUGUGCAACUAGUUUGUUCUCGGCUUGACCAGUUAAUUCAAAGACAUGAAGUUGGAGAUCUCAAUGCUGAUGGUAGUCAAGUAGAAGUCAUUGUGAAACAAGCCUGUUAUCUCAUUAUACUUAUUUUGACUGGAGAUGAAGCAAUGCCAAUUCUUUACAAAGAUGGUGUAGGUGAAGUGUAUUUGACUAUGGUCAAGUGGCUUGACUCUCCAAACCACCAUUUGCUGGGAACAGCUUUACUCGCUAUUGGAAACUUUGCCAGACAGGAUGAAUACUGCAUUCAGAUGAUGACUGAUAAGAUUUUCGAUAAACUUUUAGAUAUAUUCGAAGUGUAUCACAUCCUUAGCACAAAGCAAAAAGACACAAUUCCUAUAGACAAAUCUACUUUGAAUCAAAUCCAGCACGCGGCUUUAUCAGCCGUGAGGAACCUGAGUGUUCCAGUGGCCAAUAAGAGAGUGGCUUCUGCCCAAGGAAAGGCUGCUCCGCUGCUUUUGAAGGCUCUACCAAGUGUCGAGGAUCAUCAUGUGGCCUAUAAGCUCAUGGCUGCCUUGAGAAUGCUAGUGGACGGACAAGAAAGCGUGGCCCGUCUAACAAUUAAUGACCGCGCGGCCCUGGAGGCGAUAGCUCGGUGGGGAGGGGAGGGACAACACGCGGGCGCAGCGGGCGAAGCCCCGAGGCUUCUGGCGUGGACCGUCAGGCAUGUCAACGUGAGGGCUGGACUCAUACAGGCAAAUGGCUGCCUCCAAAACAUCGUAGACAUGUUAAUAGCUCCACACUCGGUGAUGCAAAACGAAGCUAUCCUCGCUCUGACAUUACUGGCCAUAGAAAUCCUCAACGAGGACCCUCAAGAAGGCUUCGUCGACCAGCUCUUGGCCGCAGAAAUCGGUAAGCACAUAGCCGUGUUGAUGGAGACGAAUUGCGCCAAAAUUCCGGUAGAGGUCGCGGAGAACUUGCUGGCCUUCCUCGAUGUCACCUCGAAGUGUCCAAAAAUUUUGACCGACUACAGACAGACCAAGGUGAAUGACGCGUUGGAGAAACUGGUGGCCGCAAGAAAUGAUUUUAGUGGAGAUUUGAAGUUGUGUGCGAAGGAAAUUGUUAGGAAAAUAGCUGAAAGUGGAGAUUAAUUUUUUUUUAUUGCUUCUCAAAUCAAUUUCGAACAUUUGUUUAUAUAUAUUUAUAUUUAUUAAUGUAAUCUAAAAUACUAAAUUAUUUACAAUCUUAACAUUAAAUAAUUAAUAUUUCAGUAUUUAUUUAGGUUUUCUAUUAAAAAAAUUAUUUUACUUGACUACGCGUGGCAAAGCAGGUUGAUCACCAGGAAGGUGAUUAGAUUGACAAAUGAUCACGAAACCAUCAACAACGAAGAUACAACAUUCUGAGGCGAAAGUAGAAAAGGUUGCAACUUGUAGUGCCACGGCCUUAUUUUAUAUUUCAACUUAAUUUCCAUAUAAUUACAAGUACUUUUCGGUAUAUAUUAUUUAAAGUCAGAAUUUACUUUACUUCUUUUAGCUUCUUUAGCUGAAAACUUACGGCUGUAAAUAUCUGAUAUUAACGUCUUGAAUCCAGCAAAGUAUAAACACUUAGUUUUAAAAGUUACGCACAAUAUAGCUUGUAUGCCAAAACUUGUGAGUACUAAUUAUGGAAUUGAUGUUAUAUUUAUAAGAUUUAACUAGGCGUUCGUUAAUUAUUAAUCUAAAAUCGCCUAUUUUGUCAUACCGUAGAUGUAAGUUUAAUGAAGACCACCCGGCUGGAAUUUUUACUACCCUAAGGAUUUCUAAUACUGGAAAUAGCAGUUUAAAAAGUUUUGAAAAAUAUUUUAUUAUUAAAAACAACUUUAUCGUUAUGUGAAAAAGGGAGUGAAUUUGGGGAACUUUUUCAUGCCUUUCCUUAUACUUCUUCAGUCGCGCUCUUGAUUUCUGAAGGCCUUCGUGGCGCCGCACCACUUCCUCCAUGUCAGUGUUGCUUAGUGGCUUUUUCACGAUUUUAUCCAUCCUAUGGUGUUUCAGUUUCCUGAUUACCACGACUUUUUCCAGAAGCUGCUAACUUACAUACAAUACAAAAUAUAAUACAUAUUUAGUUUAUUGCAAACAGUUGUUCAUAUACAGUCAUCACAUCGACAAAUACCUCUAAAUCAUCGACAAAUAUCUAAUAUUCACGUUUCUAGAUCGUUCUGAUAUGGUCUGCCUGUCUCUUUAUAGUUUUUUCCUUUUCAUGGAACUUUCUUAUUCUGCUCCAUAUCGUUUCUCUCCCAUCAUCAGUUUAAUUUAGCUUAAUUUUAUUUUACGUAUUAUAUGUAUUACUAUGAUAUAAUUAUUUUAAUAUUAUGCUCUUGAAUAUUUAAUAAAAAUGUUUUUAUAUGGAUUAUUGAGUUCUAGCAGAUCUAACAACGUUCUUAGUCCAAAAAUCGUUAAUGUCUUUUAUUCAGUUUUGACGUCAUCCAAAUUGCCUAAUAAAUCAUAUAGGUACGAGGUUAAUUGUUGGCUAACACAUUUUUUGAUUACUGAUAUAUAUUACUCCUGUUGGUGCUAAUAAUUCCAGCUGCUUUAGCUUUCCUAGUCUUGUGCUAUGCAGACGGAGCUAUCGAUGAUAAUACAUUCGAAUACUUGUAAUAUGCAGUGCCUCCUAAACCCUU